AGCAGGUGCGCGAAAAUGGAAUCGCCCAAUCAGGUUAGCCUCGAUUUGAACAAAUGUAAAACUGGAGCAACUUCUUCGACUUUUGUUGAAAAUUCGACUCCAAAAAUGUCGAAAGCGAUGUUUUUAGCGGGAUUUGUGUGUGGUUUUAUUGCGUUAGUCUUCACCGUGAUAUCUUUCUCCAGCCCCUACUGGUUGCAAUCAUACCCCAGCAUUAAGAGCGAGUUCGUGAGACUUGGUUUAUGGGAGAUAUGUUUUGAUGAUUAUGUACAUCCGCUAGAUUACAACUCGAAAGCGUACGAUGGAUGCUGGUGGGUGUUUUCACCGGAGUUACAUCCAAUUAGGCAGUGGUUGACUCCAGACUGGUUCAUCAGCGUCCAGGUCUUGAUUACCUUGGCCUUCCUUCUCCAGAUGGUCAACGUUGUCAUCACUUCGAUGAACCUCCUCAAAUGUUGUGGCCGUGAAAUGGGAUUUACCAUCAACCUUGUCUGCAGCUUAAUGAGCAUCGGCUCUAGUGUGCUAUUUGGAAUUAGCGUCCUCAUCUUUGGUGUAAAGAGCGAGAAACGUGACUGGAUGCCCCGGCCGGAUCAAAACUUCCUCUCCUGGUCAUUUGGUCUUGCUGUUCUUUCCGGAUUCUUCUCAACAUUCGCAGGCCUGUUUUUAUUGGCUGCCGCCAGAGAUGUGAUUACAAAGAAACGAAAGGCAAAGAAGGAUCCACACGCCUACCCAAUGGCGCCUAGGCUUUAGGAUAUACGCUUAUUUAUCGGCCAUUUUGUUACCGAGGCUUCGUUUGUUUUGGCUCAGGAACUCGACCUGAAAAGUUUGGCCACCAUACACAAGUUUUCUGUGAGAGAUUUACUCCAACUAACUGAACUCAUGUGCAUAUUUCGAAAUAAGGGGUGAAAAUAUCAAAAUGUUCAUACUGGUUGGACUCCUGACCCAAACACCUCUGCACUUAAUUCCACACACAGGUGUCCAAGUCCAGAGUGACCUUGCUCAGAACUGAAAAUUUCCCAAGUUUAAGGCAAGUUUUCUCUUCUGAACCAUGCAGAUUUUCUGUCUCUUGAUGUCAGUCAGCUGUGUGUGCCAUACAUGUACUUCACCUAGACAGUCAAGUACUCAUUGUGUGCAUUGUAAAUACUGACAGCCUCAUUUAUAUACAUGUAUCACAUUUGAUAUCAUUGACAUGACUCGGCUGCCAAAAAGAUUUCUGCAGGUGACAAGUUCAUCCUUUUGUAAAAGGAUGUAUGUUUUUAAAACCAUGUUAUUAGAGUUUUUCCACAUCCUAGUUUUAAAGUUUGAAAUUUUAAAAUUGUGCUGAAUGGGGAUUACAUUUUAAUACUGUACUGAUUUUGGGGUACAUGCCAAAGUCACAUGCCUAACAUUCCAAUAUCUUCAUGUUUUCUUUGUGAUUAUUCCCUCCAGAAGUUUAAAGAAACGUCCUCACUGUUUUAAAUCAUUCAAAGUGUCCAUCCAGAUCACUAUUUCGUCCACGAUUCCAGCCACUAACUAUUGGGUUUCGUUUGAAUGUAUUAUGCGUACCUAUUAAGUUGGCCUUUGAUGUUGUUUUGGACAUUCAUGCAAUUGGUCAGUUUGCACUUUGUCGGCUAACUUAGUAGAGGUUACUGUGCUACACAUAAAGAAAGAUGACAAGAUUACUUCUUAUUGAAAGUAAGUGUUAAUUCAAUGUAAAUAUCAUACUGUAAUAGACUCACAGAUGCUCAUGGCAUUGUCCAAAGUGGGCUUUGGCACUUUGACAUGUUCUGAGUGUGUGCAGUUGUUUGUUUGGGCUCUGGUUUGCCGUUAUCGAAAUCGUCUAUUAUUGUGCCCUACUUUUUAUGUUACCGUAGUUGUGAUUAAUUUUUUUUUCGAAGCAUUCCCACUGACAGAAAACAUUCCAAGAAGAAUGAGUUAAAGUGAUUGCCACUUUGCAGAUGUUUAGGUGGAUGUGAAAUUAAAGUACUCUCCCAGAACAUUUCUGUAUAAAAACAUUUGUCUGUCGUCUAUUAUAAGAUCAUGACCAGUGAAGUGCAUCCAGAAUCCUCUUAGUCUUAGUGGACAGGUGGCUAAAAGUAGUCUCUGCACUACUUCACAUGUUCAGUAAUAUGAGUGACCACAUUUUACCCACAUCUGUAAAAUGGCUAAAUUAGUUUGUCAUUGACUACAUACGAUACAUUCCUUUUUGUGAAAAUUGUGCGUUUAUUGAUGUUUUUCAUUUGUGAUCUUUUCAGUACAUAUCCUCUUUUAGCACUUUGAUGAUUUCAUCCCUCUUUCUUGUACUCGAGAAAUACCUUUUCAGCAGAUACAUGUUUUUAGUUGCUUUAGAUGAUUCAAGCUUUGAUUAAAUUUUUAUUUGCUUAUCAAAAUUUGUGUGUAAAUAUUAUGAGUUGUGUAUGUAUGUUGAAUUAGUUGCAUACUACUAUGUAAUUAUUUUCAAAAUGUGUAUAAAUUGAUUAUGAAAAUAGCUUGCAUUUUAUAUUCAUUUUAUACCCUGAAGAAAAAGGGGCAUACCUAAUCUUCCUUCACUAUAAGAGAAGGAGGUAUUUUGGUUGUCUUCGUUUGGCUCUCAAAAACCAGUAGCACAUAUCAGAUAUGUAUUUGUAUAUUCUAGGAUCUUUUUAAAAAACAACUGGUUUUCAACAUGUUCAGUGCCAAGUUGAAAAUUCACAGAAUGGUUGCCGUUAUUUUGAAUUUCUAUGGUACUUGGAAAUGGAUGCUUAAAUCUUUCUGUGAUAGCUGACAAUGCAGUGCUUUGAUUAAAACCUAAAAAAGCCCUGUUUAUGAAGAGCAACCCUCAGUGUUUCUGCCAGGAUUGAAAUAAAGGGGGUACAAAAGUUUUUUUAAACUACAAGCAUUUUUUUUUAAAAGAUCAGAUGGCCUUAAUUAGAUGUUUUGAGCACCGAAUAUCACCAACCAGAUGGCCCAACUUGUAAACUUUUUCAUUAAGAAUUCCCAUCAAGAUAGUACAACAAACUUGUUAGCACACAAAAUGGGUUUGUAGCCGCCCCCCCUUCCAGCCAAGGGAGAUAUGUUAACACUCAUUGUCCAGUAUGUAGAAAGUAAUGAUUCCAUCCUGUUGCAUUUUCAUAAUGUUGGCAAAUAUAUCAAUUUUAUAACCAAAAUAAAUGAUUUAUAUUGAAAACA